CUCUAGCUUUUUUUUUUGUCAAAUGUUCUGUGCCAGUAGCUGAUAUAUCUUAUGAUUUUAUUUACAUCUUUCAACAUUUUGAGUGUAAUGUGACUGACAUUUUUGAUUUUCUCUGCUCACAAAUUGGUUUGUCUUACCGCAGAUUGAUUUCUAUUGUUUAUUUGUGCAUGAUGGUUCUGUAAUUUAACAUGAAUAAAUGUGACUGUGGUGAACAUUAAGUUCAUUAAGGGUCAAAAGGAGUUGUUAUAAAGCAGAAAGUUGUUUGUUAUUCAAAGUUUUUACUGACACCAAUGCAAAUAUUAUGAAAUGUAUUGAAAUGUACAUUUUACUAUUCGAUAGAAUUGAAGAGAUUGUUGCCUGACCUAUUCCAACAAUUCAAUGAGACUGACAAAAGUUUUACAUUCCUAAGUCUGAAUGGAGGGAAUUAAGUUAAGCGCCUGUAAAUGAAACCUAAUUCCCUUUUUAUCGACUUUUCGCUCUACGUGCAUUCUGACCUUGAAUUUAAGCACAAGAGUUGUGUUUCCGAGGACGUACGGCUCUCGACCUUCGCCUCUCAGGAGUCCGUACCCAUACGGGAGUUGCAGCGAUGAGACAAGACUGUAACUCCCGCUAUUGGUUUGCGGUGGAGAUCAAAGAAAUGCAGGUGUAGCUGAAGUGUGUCUACACACAACCCGUAUUCUGACCUUGACUUAAUUCCCUCAUAAUUCCACCACCUUUACGCGAUGAAACGAUUAAUAAGUAGAACAACAUCUGCUUUCCUUUUUUCCCGAUAGAAAUAACACCAUUCCCCAUGCACUGUAAUUUACAAAUUGGUAUGAGCUACUGAUAAGAGCUAGGUAAAUGGGUAAGCCGUUUGGGAAAGGAGAUUAUAAAUAACAAAUGUUUUAAAUCUAUUUUACCAUAUGAUUGCUGGAGACAAACAUGAAACUAGUUUUAUGGCAGCAAACUGAAGCAUAUCAACACACCCCCUUCUCCACAGUGAAGUUGAUGAAAUGCUGGCGUUAUUAACUUGCAAGGAUGACAUUUGGAGAUCCAACCUAUAGGCUUCUGUAGCCAUACACAAAUGAUAGUAUAUUGCCAACCCUACCGAGUUGAUUUUUGAUAUCUAAAAUGUUUUCAUUAUAUGCCAGGACCUUUCACUGUAUUGUGAGCAAUUUGUAUCAUGUUAAAUAUUAGCCACUAAUCGGUAGCCAAAGUCCAAUGUCCAUAAGCCUACAUUUAUAGCUGUCACUUUAGUGUUAGUUUCCUUAUAUUUUGCAUCAUUCCAUUCCAUUCCAUACAUAAGUUUAUUCAGCGCGCACAAAGUAACCAGACCGGCAAAGCCCGUUACGCACCUGCAUAAGAGGUGGACUGUGUUGUUGUAACAGAUGGAGCUGCCACCUCGACCAAAACUCUUUGACCUCCAUGGAGUCUCCAUGAUCCACCGUUUCACUGACAACUGGGAGAACAUACAAAACUUCCAGGCCAGGCCAGAUGAUAUCCUCAUCACCACUUACCCCAAAGCAGGUACCACAUGGGUCUGCUACAUUCUAGACCUGCUGUAUUUUGGUCAGACAGCCUCUGAGCAUCAGAAUUCACUGCCUAUCUAUGAGAGGGUGCCUUUCCUGGAGAGUGACUUCCAUAUUCUCCCUCCAGGAACAGAGCUGGCAGACAAGUUAUCCACCUCUCCUCGCCUCAUCACGACUCACCUCCCAGUCCAGUUGGUGCCCAAGUCCUUCUGGGAGCAGAACUGCAGGAUAGUCUAUGUGGCCCGUAAUGCCAAGGACAAUGCAGUGUCUUAUUUCCACUUUGACCGUAUGAACCAGGCCCAUCCAGAGCCAGGAGACUGGAACAACUACUUACAGAGAUUCAUGGAUGGAAAGAUGGUGUUUGGUUCCUGCUACGACCAUGUAACUGGCUGGUGGGAAAGGAAACAUAGUGGAGUUUUGAGUGAGUCUGUUUUCUAUGAGGAUAUGGUGGAGGAUACGAGGAGAGAGCUGGACAGGCUGUGCUCCUUCCUAGGUUUGUCUCCUUCAGCAGAGGAGAAGGAGAGGGUGAGAGGCAGAGCACAGUUUGAUACUAUGAAGAAGAACAGCAGGGCCAACUACUCUACUGUCCCAAUCAUGGAUUUCAAGAUCUCUCCAUUCAUGCGAAAAGGAAAGGUUGGUGACUGGAAGAACCAUUUCACUGUGGCCCAGAGUGAACAGUUUGAUGAAGACUAUAAGAAGAAGAUGAAGAACACCACCGUACAGUUCCGCACUGUAGUCUAGGGGUUGUGAUCAGGUUGACUGGUGCAUAUGCAUCUCAGCUCUGCUGGAGUCAUGGUGCUGAAAUGUACAAUAUGACACCAUCUCUACUGUAUAAAUAAGAGAGCUAAUGAUGUCUUAGUGUUAUAAGUUGUCAAUGUGUUUUAUAUGCUUUUGUAUGUGUGCAUGUCACAGAAUAUUGUGGAAUUCAAAUAAAGAAAAAUAGCAGUGCAAAAAUAA